AUCACAAUCAUAAAUAUCCCACUCUCAUUUCGUUCCGCGGAGAAAAAGGACAUAAGACAGCCGAAACAGCUCGGUCCUGUACCCACACUCUUUAUCAAAACAAGAUGAAAACGUUAUUUUUUUUGCUUCUCUUCUGUCACGGUUCAUCAGCAGUGAAACACUCCCUGAAGAUGUUCAUUACGGGAUCCUUUGUCUCUGGAGUCUCAGACCUAACGGUAGACGUUUUUGGCACAGGAGAGGUUGAUGGCGUUCUGGUGGGUUACUGCGACAGCAACAGAAGGAUAGCAGAACCAAGACAGGACUGGGUGAAUGAAAUAAUUAAAAACGAUCCUCAGCACUGGCAGCCGUACAUUCAGCAGUGUUUUGAGAGUCAGCCAAACAUCAUAAAAGGCUUAAUUCCUGCUUUGAAGGAUCUCUUCAACCUAACUGAUGGUGUCCACAUUAUACAGCAGAUGGUUGGCUGUGAGUGGGACGAAGAAACUGGAGAGGUUAAUGGUUUAUUGAAGUUUGGUUUUGAUGGAGAAGACUUCAUGUCAUUAGACCUGACGACAUCAACGUGGACUUCUGCAAAUCCACAGGCUGAAAAGGCCAUACUCUUAUGGAAUAUCAAUGAAAACAGAGCAGUAGAGGAAAGUUACUUCCUCACUAAGGUGUUCCCUGAGUGGCUGAAGAAGUACGUGACCUAUGGCAACAGCUCUCUGCAGAGAAGAGACCUUCCCUCAGUGUCUCUCCUCCAGAAGACUCCCUCCUCUCCAGUCAGCUGCCACGCUACAGGUUUCUACCCUGACAGAGCCACGAUGUUCUGGAGGAAAGAUGGAGAGGAGCUUCAUGAGGACGUGGACCACGGAGAGAUCCUCCCCAACAACGAUGGAUCCUUCCAGAUGAGUGUUGACCUGAAUCCUCCAACUGGAGACUGGGAGAAGUACAAAUGUGUGUUUCAGCUUGCUGGUGUGAAGAACGACAUCGUCACCAAACUGGACAAAGCAAAGAUCAGAACCAACUGGAAGAAGGCCAGUAACGUGACUGUCCCCAUCAUUUCUGCAGUGGCUGUUCUUGCUCUCAUUCUCAUCGCUGCUGCUGGAUUCAGGGCUUACAAAAAGAAGAAAGGUCACUGCCCUCCAUCUUCUCCUGAAAACGGCUCUGAACUCUCUGAGCAUCUGAAUUCAACUGCCUGUAAUAUGCCCAGUGGCCACACCUCCUAACUUUCAGAUCUUAUCAUGACUACUUGGUAACCAUUAGGGUGCCACUCAAAAAUAAAGUUUUUAAUUUUCAUCUUUCCAUCCCCUGAAUGUGUUAAUAACGUGGCAAGAACUAAGUUGGCAAAAUUUGGAUGUAUUCUAAUAAUAUUUACUGGUAGCUCAACACUGUCAAUGUUUUACAAUAAUAAUAUUAACUUUAAUAUCACAAGUUAGAAUAAUGCAAAAAACAUUAAAAAAAAAGACCAUCAGCUGUUAAUAGUUCAGAAGUGAAUAAUAAACAGUUAAGUAUCCAUAAGUCCUCAGAGAAUGACAGCAUUAGCAACAGCUACAUGAGCGGUCGUCCACUAAACGGAAGGUUGGGAACUCCUGGUGGCUGUGCCAUCGGUGUGUGAAAGAGUUCAUUUCUGUUUCGGAUGAGCACUUGGGUCUCUGCUUAUAGGUGGGUGAAUGUGAUGUAUUGUAAAGCACUUUGAGUGGUCAAAAAGACUAAAAAGGUACUAAACAAAUACAGUCCAAAUAUGAGAAUAAUUAAGUAUAACAUGACACACAGAUGCUGCAUGGUGCAGUGGUUAGCACUGUCGCCUCACAGCAAGAAGAUGCGUGGAUCGACGCCCAGGCCUUUCUUUGUGAAGUUUGCAUGUUCUCCCAUGUCUAUGUGGGUUCUCUUCAUGUUCUUCUGCUUCCUCUCAUAGUCCAUAGACAUGCAUAGGUUAACUGGUGACUCUUAAGUGGCCUUAGGUGUGAAUUUGUGUGUGAAUUGUUUGUCUCUAUGAGUUAGCUCUCUGAUGAACUAGCGACCUGUCCAGGGUUAGCCCAAUAACAGCUGGGACUGGCUCCAGCCCCCUCGCGACCCUGCACAGAGUUAACUAUACUAUGACUAUGCUGUAGUACUAACCCAAAAAUAUUAUUCUGAUUACAUGCCAUUUAAACCAAAUAAUAACACAAAUCAGAAAAAUAAAAUGAAAAAAGAACAGUUAAAUGAUAAUAAUACUUACUCAAGGAUUAAUUUACUUUGGUAGAGAAAUUUUGAAUUAAAUAACAGUUCGUCGCAAUAAAAGUACAAAAAACAUUGAGCCCAUUGAGCUACCAGUAAAUAUUAAUAUAUCUAAAUGAAACUUUCCACAGUUACUAUGCACCAUAAAAGGAACAGAAUAAGGUGGUGGGACAUGGAAAAUGUUUUUAAAACAAUUUGGCCAUUACAUUGAGUGGCACCUUAGUAACCAUGGUAAUUAAUGUUAGGAUAUGAUUUUGGAAAAAAGCCAUUACAGAUUAACAGUUACUCAGUCAAUGUUCUUAUCCUAACUCCUAUCUUAUUUUAGGUUAGGAAAACUACGCCAACAUUGCUAAUCAGAUUUAUUGUCACCUAGCAACCAACACUACUUCUACUUUUCUCAUCUUGCCAAACUCAGCACCUUGGUAACCAUUGUUCCUUAUUAAAACACACUGAAACAUACAUUGAAUAUAGAGCAAAGACAGAUGAGUUAGAGUUCUUCUCUGUUGAGAAAUCUAAAUUUACAUCAGCGCUAACUCUCAGAAAAGCAUCUCUUGUAUCCAAAGAGCAGAAGAAGUGGUGGUGAUCUCCUGAUAUCUUAGACUCGCAUUAAGAUAUGUUACAUGCAGCCUUUAUAUUAUGUUAUAUAAUGAUACAUUAUCUAGCAUUUAAUCACCUACAGCCUUUCCACUAACAAGUGUUUUGAAGAAGUUCCACCUGUUGACAUUUUUUGGAUUUUGUAAAAGUAAUAACAAAACAGCCAUAUGGAUUAAAGAAGUUACCAAACACUAUCUGGUGCUAAAAGUAAAAGUUAGGACAUAUUAAUAGUAUAGAAUUAGGAGAGUUUUGUAAGCUUUGGGGAGGUUAUGAUGCUUGUGUAAUAGGCCUACACUUCAUAUCUUAAGUUAGAAUUUGCUUCUGUAAUACCAAAGUCCUUUCGUACAGUGUGCCUAUUAAAGGGUAAUAUGCUAAAUA